AUGUUAUCUGAUCUGCGAUCUAAGAAUCAACUUCCAACAGCAUUGUGUCAGCGAUCAAGUCUUCAGAGACAUCGCCAGAAGGCAAAGACGAUUUUUGCAGCCAAUGGCUUCAAACCACCUCUCGAGGAUAGUGGGGCUGAACCGCGGGGAGCAAAGGCCGGGGUCGACCCCACGUGGGGGCCACCCAAUUCCUCCCUCAACGCCGCGCCAGCCGCCACCCGCAGAGCAGCCCACCACGCGCCGGCACCCGGGGUGCGCCGGCACCCGGGGUGCGCCGGCACCCGGGGUGCGCCGGUGCGCCGGCACAGGGCCAGCCCCCCUCCUCGAACGGGAAGGGGAAGGGGAAGGGGCGGGGGCGGGGCCUGCGGCAGGGCACGCCCCCUCAAGCGCCCGCGGGGUGGGCAGGUCUUCCGCCUUCCGAGGGGCUACUUCCGGAUCCGGUGGCGGCAGCUGGGAGUGCACAGGGAGGCGGCGCUCGGUUGGCGGGAGGGCUGGCUUGCACCCCGCGCGCGGCCGGCGAUGCUGGGGGGUAUAUUGGGGGCCCGGGAGCGCGAGGCGGAGUGCGACGCGGCAGGGGCUGUGCCUGCGCCGCCUGCCAUCGACUUCCCGGCCGAGGGCUCGGACCCCAAGUAUGAUGAAUCUGAUGUUCCCGCAGAACUCCAGUUGCUGAAAGGACCCCUACAGCAGCCGACCUUCCCUUUUGCAGUUGCAAACCAGCUGUUGCUGGUUUCUCUGCUGGAACACUUGAGCCAUGUGCACGAACCAGACCCGCUUCGUUCAAGACAGGUGUUUAAAUUACUUUGUCAGACCUUUAUCAAAAUGGGGCUGCUGUCAUCCUUCACGUGUAGUGACGAGUUUAGCUCCUUGAGGCUACAUCACAACAGAGCUAUUACGCACUUAAUGAGGUCAGCUAAGGAGAGAGUUCGUCAGGUAGGCACUAAGAAAUGUACUUGGAGUGUGAUAAAAACAUUCUCAUUUCAAGAGAACUGUAUUUUAAAGCAUUCUGAAAUCCUGAUUAUAACAUAG